CCAGUUCAGGGGCCCAAAGCCUGUUUCCAUCGCGAGGGAAGGCCUCGGGUCGCGCUCGUCUCGUAAGCGUCCGGUCAGUUCGCGUUUUCCCGCGUUUCUUUCGCCUCGUCGCGUUAUUUUUCGCCCCGAAAAUCGUUCGCCUCCUUGAAACCGUUCAAUCCGCGCGAGUGAUACACACAUACACGUGAUAUCGAGAUACAUACCACGGUGGAACUUGUUGUAGCGAAAAGGAUCGAGAGAUCGUUGUGUUUAUCAAGUAGUGGCAAGUGUCAUGGGGAUAUAGGAACGCCGGUGAGGAAUCGAGACGCAUGAGAGUGGAUACCGGGUGAUCGGUGAUCACGUGAGGGUCCAGCAGUUUCCGGCGAGGCGUAUCGAGAGAUGUCGACGGAAGAUGGUAUAGAUAAUCCGGCGUUCGCCAGCGAUGAUUGCGCGACCGAGUCGCGGCUGAACGAUGAGCAGCAACAGGCGACCUUGGAUCACAAGUCGGAGGGCGGUCCCGUGGAGAACGGCCAUCAACGGGCCCAAUUCGUCUCCCAACAGUAUGUCGAGCCCGGAAAGACCAGUCCCGAUCCUCAUCAUCAGAGGACCGAGACGAAGAUCGAGUUGCCCGACGCCAACGACAAGACCGUGGUCGAGCCGAAAAUGAACGGCGUCCAUGGAAAUGGAAACAACAAUGAUGCCAGUUUCCUUAACAACAGCGCGACCAGCGUGCAGAUUAACGAUACCGGAAAGAAAGAGCAGAUCGAGGCAGUAAACUUGGAACUGGUCUCGAUGAGGCCUUACGCGGGCAACAAUCUCCAAACGAAGGGCCAGGAAGCUUGCGAGGUUCCAGCCGAUCCCUACGAGGAGUACUUCGUUCCAGUGAACGAGCAUCGAAAGUACAUCAGCAGGGGUCCCGAGGCCGAGGUUGAAACAACCGUGGCUGGAGUGCGUUUUGAUUUGGGCCCCGGCGUCGGCCGCGAGGGACUCAGCCUGAGAGACCCUGCCGCCGGACUGGUCGACUAUUCCCACUGGCUGACAGCCCUCAGGGGCGAGAAACUUUACGUAACGAAGGAUAAGAGAUCGAGGAGCUCGUAUUGGAGAAGAAUGGCCUGUUGGGGAUGUUGCUUGGCGGUCGUACUGAUAGCUGUCAUCAUUGCCAUUUUGGCGGCGACUGGAGUAAUCUUGACGCAAGAGACUUCCGAGCCUCUGGAGAAUCUUCAGCACAAUUCGCGGCAAUUUGGCGACGUGCGAACAGCCGAAAGUCAAGAAUACAUGAAGAAUCCUCCACCGAGUCCACCGCCCGCGACUUCGACGUUCCCAUCCUGGCCUACGACUGACGAAACUCUUUACGACACGGUCCCAAGCGCCUUGGACGGUGUAUUAAAAUUAGACGAGUUCCAAUGGGACAACGAUCUGAGCGAUCCGAAAUCGAGAGUGUACAGACAAGUGAGCACGGAGAUAGAAGAAUACUUGAAGAACAUGUUGAGGCAGCCAAUGAAUAAUGAAACGAUCGUCAAAGUGUAUGACAUAAACAGGGACGGCGAAGUGAAGUUUAGGAUAAGCUAUCCACCGCGUUCCAUCCCCGAAGAAACGCAACAGAUGAUCGAGAAAACGUUGCAGAAAAGUGGCAAUAUGAUUGGACACUAUCAUUUGAACAGUUUAAAGGUGACCAAGUUGGUCGACGAAUGUCAGAGUGGAAGCUUUGGAUGUUCAGAAGGGUGCAAUUACGAUUACUCGAAGGGUCUGUUCGUUUGUUUCUGUAGAGCUGGAAAGAUGUUAGCCAGUGAUGGAAAGAAUUGCGUUGAUGAGAAUGACUUGAGCAACGUGGAAAUGGACGACGAAGUGCCGGAGACCAAUACGGAAGUGGUGCACGAUUACGUGCAGGGAAGAAGCAGAGGGCCUGGAUCAGUGUUUGAACCGAGAAGACCCGAUAAUUGGGAUCAUUUGGACUUCAGCACGGAAACAACGCACAAUGGACACACACCACAAAAUAACGAACACGAGUUUCACGUAUAUCCACAUUCUUCAGUGGAACCGGAACCUACGCAGAUGGCCACGACGGAAGAGAAUCGUGUGUUCAAUGACGAAUCUGAUUCGAUACAUUGGAUGCACGAUCAUUCGAAUCAUGAUCAUUCGAUGCAUGAUUAUUCGACGUAUGAACAUUCGGAACAUGAUCAUUCGACGUAUGAUUAUUCAAGCCUUUCGACUGCUGAACAGAAACCUGAAAUGGAAUCCAAUUCUGAAUCUUUUGCUGAACCUGAACCGGCUGCUGAACCUGAGCCAUCCGCUGAACCUGAACCAUCCGCUGAACCUGAGCCAUCCGCUGAACCUGAGCCAUCCGCUGAACUUGAGCCAUCCGCUGAACCUGAGCCAUCCGCUGAACCUGAACCAUCCGCUGAACCUGAGCCAUCCGCUGAACCUGAGCCAUCCGCUGAACCUGAGCCAUCCGCUGAACCUGAGCCAUCGGCUGAACCUGAGCCAUCCGCUGAGCCUGAGCCAUCCGCUGAGCCUGAGCCAUCAGCUGAGCCUGAGCCAUCCGCUGAGCCUGAGCCAUCCGCUGAGCCUGAGCCAUCCGCUGAGCCUGAGCCAUCCGCUAAGCCUGAGCCAUCCGCUGAGCCUGAGCCAUCCGCUGAGUCUGAACCUUCUGCUGAGCCUGAACCUUCUGCUGAGUCUGAGCCAUCCGCUGAACCUGAAUCUUCUGCUGAACCUGAACCGUCUGCUGAGCCUGAACCGUCUGCUGAGCCUGAACCGUCUGCUGAGCCAGAGCCUUCUGCUGAACUUGAACCAUCUGCUGAGCCAAAACCAUCUGCUGAAUCUGAACCAUCUGCUGAACCAGAACCAUCUGCUGAAUCAAAACCGCCUGCUGAGUCAGAACCGUCUGCUGAACCUGAACCGUCUACUAAACCAAAGUCUCCUAAUGAAUUAGAGUUUGAUCCAGAAUCUUCCACAAAAAUGAUUAAUACCGAACUAGUCAGUUCCAUGGAACCACAAUCUACUGAAUCUAAUAAACCUGAACCUACUAGAGAAUCACAACCGUCUACCGAAAUAGAACCUUCUGCUGAACCUGAAUCGAUUACUGAAGCAAAUCCUGCUAGUGAAUUAUCAACAAAAUUAACUGCAACCGAACAUCCAAAACUACCUCUUCAAUCAGAUUUCACUGUUAGGCCUGAAACAUCCAGAGAAGAAGAUUCUUCUACCGAACAUGAAUUAUCAUCAACCUUAUCGUCCAUUGAACCAAAAUUACCCAAUGAUGAAAAAUCUCGUGAAAAUAUGCCUUCUAUUAUUGAGCAUUCUACCGAAAUGCAAAACACUAUAGUGCCAAAAGAUUCUACCGAGAAAACAUCUAUUGAUAAAACUGAAUCUUCUACCGAAUCUGCAAUUCUGAAUAAGGAAUCUACUGAAUCAAUUAACGAAUCAGCCUCUUCCACAGAAUCACCUAUGAUAGAGAAAGAAACAGCAAAUACACUUAUACCUAAUGUUCCUACAAGCAUGGAGUCAGAAUCUACAACACCAAUGAUGCUUAGUGAAACUACAUUACCAAAUAAUGAAAUGGCAAGCAAUGAUGAAUCAUUACCAGUGAUACCUCUGAUCUCUGAUAUCGAAAAGACUAUGACGUCGAAUCAUUCGUUUUCUGAUGAUCAUUCGGAAUCAAGUGUCACAAUUGUAGACACAACGAUAAUGGAAAACAAUGAAGAAAAGGUAACAACUUCAAGGCCUAUAGAAAUGAAUAAAAACGAGCAAAUCACUGAAACAACCAACAUGCUACAAGAUGAAACAACUAUGUACACCACGAUGAGCAUAAACAAUGACGAAACGAUGAACUCUUCAGAAUCUAGUUCUUCCACUUCAUCCAGUGAUUCUCAAUCUUUAGUUCCUGAAAUAGAAUCCACCACUAAUUCUGAGAUAACAUCCCAUAACACAGUGAUAGAUACUAAAUCGGAAAGCACAACUGAAUCAAAUCCUGUUGCAGAAACUAACAACACAGAAAUGAAUAACGAAGAGUCUAAAUCUCAGAAUACAUUAGCAUCGUCAAAUGAAUCCACUAUGGAAACUGAAUCACCUUCUCGUGAAAUGAAUGAGACCAACGUUAUUGAGCACAUGCCAACCACCGUCUUCCCCAAAUUGCCAAAGAAUUUCGGCCAUAACGUAGAACCUCUGAUAGAACCAUUGAUAAACGACACGGAAGAACAUAUUAUGCUGAUAUCAAAAACAGAACACACCACGGAAGUUCACGAUCCUCAUGCAAUUAUUCCACAAUUGAUUCCCGAACAAAGCGUCCAAUCCUCUUCGAAUGGAUCAUCGACAAAUAUCCCUAACCAAGAUUCGUCAAGAAGUAAAAUUCCAUCCUCCACAGAAGUUGUUGAGACGACUCUGCAUCGAUCCACUGUACGUCCAGACGAGAACGCGGUUUCUUUAAGCGACUCUAUUCGCUAUGAGGAGAAUUUGGACCAUUCGACCAAUCAUCCCCUGCAUCCAGCAAUGUUCCCUGAGAACACGGUCGAACACGCCACAGAAAAAUUUGACUCGGCUUAUGACAAGCACGCGGACGAUAUGUCCCCCUUUUUACCGGAUGUCCAAAAGGAAAAAGAAGUGAAGAAGGCGCCUAGAUUGGACAAGGACGAGCAAGAUGUACCCAAUCCUUUCGAAGAUCACGUUGAAGAUGUGAUCACCGACAAACCUUUGGUGGAAACGUCUCUUUCUACGGAACGAAACACGAAUGAAACCGAAUUAAAGGAUUCUCUGAACGACGUUCACGACAUUGUACGCGAUAAUGCAAAGUCUGAUGAGCGGAUCGGGAACGAAGUCAGUCGUGGAUUCAAAAGUGACGGGUUGGACGCCGUUGAAAGUAACGAUACGGAAUCCGGGAUUCAAAAUGGACUAUUGCUCACUUAUGAUGCUGACAAGUCAGCCAAGAAUAAGGAGCACGUUUCGAUUGAGAACGAGAGUGGAACAGCUUCUGAGGAAGAUGAAGAAGCGUUGAAAGUGGUGCCAUUAGAGGAACAGUUCAAGGAGAUUGAAACUACUGUGAAAUACGAUUCGAAUAAAGAUAAAUCAGAAAUUACAGAAGCUGGGCCAGUUAUUGCGGAAGAAGAGAACGAGAAAUCGAAAGAUAACGUUACAAUUCAAGCAUCUUCGGAAAAGCCAGAAGAGAAUGCUGUGGAGGAUCAGUAUAACGACAUUAACGAUGACAAUUUGAGCAAAGGAUAUCAGCAGGACGACAUAGAAGUAUCCAAGAGAAUUAAGGAUGGAUCUAAUGAGUUAAUGAAUGGCGAUGGAAAAUCGUUUAGCGCGGAUGAAUCUCGUGGAGUAAAUGAUACAACGAACGUAACGACGAUGAAUGACACCGAAGACGCGUUGGCUACGAUUGGAAAUAUUCCUGAUAAGCAUCCAGAGGAUGCCAAGUUGACCACUCAGAUACCCGUGCUACCGUUGGAAAUACAGCAAGAGAUGUCAACGACUGAGAAAGUGGAGAGCACCACUGUAACCGAGGAGAAUCCUCGAAGGGACAACGGCACGGAACAUCAAAACGAGGAUGGAACGACAGUUCAGGUACCAACUACUCACGUGAUGUCGAUGGAGACAAAAACUACUGCCCAGGUACCAAUAUUGCCAGAAGAAUUGCAGACUACUGAAAACGAUGCGUUGCUAACCACCUCCACCAUGAGAUCAGAUAUCGAAACGAAAACUGGCAACUUGGAGAACGUGUCUUCUGAACGAAAGGAAAUGCUUGCUAUUGAAACGAAUGAUAAUGGAACUCGAAUAAUUAAUUCAGGACAACAAAUGAAUAGUCAGAACGAUACUGUUGAUGAUUCGAUGGCCAGUGCGGUGGAAAAUAUGGGCAAUAAAAGUAAUGAUAACGCGUUACAGGGAAAUGUUUCAAUGUUGGAUAACACAAGUGAGGAAAAUUCGAGUGCGCCAACGACAAUAAGUAUCGAGGAAAAUACGAAGGAGAAUAUGACAGAAAGUUCAACGCUCGAACCUUCUUCUUCGACGUCCAACAACAAUGAAACUACGACAGAAUCGCAGAAAAUGUCUGAGACUUCCACUACUACGGAGAAUGUUAAACCUGUAAUUGAAAUAUUAGAAGAUGACACUGUACCAGUAAGAUUCGACUAUAGGCAUUUUAUUGUGACCACGCCCAAGGCUAACUUAAAUAUGGGGGAUCUAACGGAGGAAGAUUUAAAAGUGAUCCCAUUAGAAAAGAGUUUAGAUGUAAAGAAGAAAUCAACCGACAAAAAGGUUAUUGAUAAGUACAAGUACAAGAAAGAAAAAGAAUUGAAUUUGGAGGAGAACGAGGGUGAGAACGUGUUAACGGAUAUACCAGAACUAUCAUCUACAGAAACGCCACAAACGGUGGGGGAGAUCAAAGAGGAGGCAAUCAGUGUUACCACUGGCAAAGAAGAAAACUCUGUACCAAAAUUGAAAAUCAUUGAGACGACCAGUGGAUCAAAUCAAACGGAAGUUCGAACCUCUGUAGCCAAUGAAAAUCUCGGUGGUAAAACCAGCAUAACAGUGCCAGACGCAGCAAAGAAGUAUCCCAGUUUCAUACCCGUUUCAGAGAAGAUCAUAGAGCCAGAAUUUGUUACAGAACCUUUCAUACCUCUUCGAAAUUUGCAUCAAUUCCAUCGAUCAGACGUUGCAACGGAACAUCCAUCGAUAACAAACGAAUCGUCUAACGAAGGCCAUACGACCAUGGAUCCAAUGACAGCAUUAGACAACGAAAAGAUAAAUGAAACAGAUUCCUCGGUGUUUCCUACAAACCAAUCACCCAUUCCUUCGAGCACAACUGUGAAUACAAUACCCGUUUCAUCGAUGCAAACCAAAUUAACUCCGGAAACUGUAACCGUGGAAGCAACCAGCCACAUAGACGUUUCGUUCCUGAAUCUACCUUCGAGCGCCGUGUUUUCCAAGUGUGCGGCUGGACAAUUUCAAUGCGUGAAUGGAACAUCCAGGGAUGGCGCGUAUUGCGUGAAACUGUCUGCCAAAUGCGACUCUGAGAACGAUUGCUCGGACGGAUCGGACGAGUUGAACUGUGAAGGUUGUCCAGGAAAUUUCAAAUGUGCUAGUGGGCAAUGCCUGAAACGAGACCUGGUGUGCAAUAAAAUCGUCGACUGCGAUGAUGGGAGCGACGAGAAGAACUGCGAGGAAUGGAAGUGUCAAUUCGACGAAUUCAGGUGUCCCAGUGGAAGAUGCAUCCCUGGCAUCUGGCAAUGCGACGGCCGACCAGAUUGCGAGGAUCAUCGAGACGAGUACAACUGUGCCGAAAGUUGUGGAAACGACGAAUACCUCUGCCCAACCGAGAAAUGGUGUAUACCAUUGACGUGGCAUUGCAAUGGAAUCGACGAAUGUGAGAACGGAGAGGACGAAAAUUUAUGCGAUUGCGGCCUCGAGCAAUUCAAGUGUCAAACAGGGGGAUGCGUGCCUGAAAAUCAAGUAUGCGAUGGAAUAGAACACUGCCCCGAUCAUUCUGACGAGUGGGGCUGUUUGAUGGCGAACGUGACUGUAGAGAAAAAAUUAACGGAUGGACAGAAAGAGGAUAACGCCGAGAGCAUUGGUUCUCAAGAAUCGAGUAGUCCUUUGCUGAAAGUAAGACAAUACAACGGCGAAUACCGUCUCGUUUGUUCCGAUGGAUGGAGCGAGGAAUUCAGUACCUCUUACUGCCAAUCUCUAGGAUUCGCCGGUUCCGAGAGCACAGAGUUCCAAACGAGGGACAAAACUCAGAAGAUUUUCAGAUUAAAGGCGAAUCCCAAUCACCAUGCGCCAUUGGUCACGAAUUUGGAACAAGUCGAGUUCUGCGUCUCUGACAAAGUCGUGCAAGUCACUUGUCAAGAAUUUUCUUGCGGAUCCGAUUAUGGAGAAGGACCAACAGCGAGAUUGGUUGGUGGAACUCCGGCCAGUGAAGGACAAUGGUCCAGCGUGGCUCUGUUGAAAGAACCUAAACUCGGUGCUGCUUGCACGGCCAGCAUAUUGGGUCCUAUGCACGUGCUUGCCAGUUAUUCCUGCAUCCACAGAUAUAAGCAGAGCAAUGGAUGGCAGCUUUUCACCGGCGAAAAUCUGCUUAAAGCACAUCCUGUAAGGAAUAUCAUUCCUUAUCCUCAAGUGAAGUACAAUCAAUUCUUGUAUAACAAUGAUAUCGCAUUGGUGGAAUUAGAGAAUCCUUUAACUUUCUCGAGGAAUGUCAGCGCCAUUUGUCUUCCAAAACAUCCUAUACAGCAAUUCCAGCCGAGACAAAUAUGCGUGAUGGCUGGAUGGGGAUUUUCUGUGAACGGUGAGGUCGAUUUGCAAAAGUAUCUCAACUUCCUGCCAUUGCCAACGUACGAUAUUGAAGAAUGCAAUGCGACCACUCACUAUGCAGGAUUCAUUACGAAGGACAACAUAUGCGCUGGAUUCACUGAUACGAAUAAGGGACCUUGCUACAACGACGAAGGAGCACCCCUAAUGUGUGAAUCUGGAGGAGGAUCGGUCAGAUGGGAAAUUCAGGGACUAUUAAGUCAUCACAGCAGAUGUUCGAGAGGUCAUCCGGCAAUUUAUUCGAGCGUGGAACCUGCGUUAUCUUGGUUACGAAAUUCCGUACCUGCUUUGCAAACGCAAAGCUAAAGCGCUAUAAUGUGAUUUCGUUCUUUACACGAGAAUACGCGAACAUUAGAUGAAUUUUUUCUUCUUUUUUUUUUUUAAUUCGUACGAAUUGAUCAUAACAAUACAAUGAAUGAACGAAUGAAUAAAUUAAAUGAGUCGAUCAAAAAGGAACUAUUGAGUCUACAAGUUCCUGAAAGUUGAAAUUCAUGAAACAAAAAUAAUGUACUUAAUUUAUAUCCGUCUUUGUUUUUCACAAUAUGUUCCUAUUUAAAUGCGAAGAAUGCGGAUUUGAUAGAUAGCAAUACGUAAUCGCGGCCAUAAUUCGUUCUGCAUCAGAAAAAUACAUUCUAAAUGUUGAAUGAUCUUUUUUUUUUUUUUAAAUAUCUUUAUGAUAAUUAAUAUUGUAAUAUUUUGUGGCAAGUUGUGCUCAUAGAAAAUGAAAAGAUGACGGAGAUAACAUAAUUGGCGAUACAAGAUAUUUACAAUUAAGAUUAUUUGUAAAUACUGUAUAAAGUGACUGUUUAAUAUGCUUAACAUUGUAAGAGACUUUUUUUUUACAUGUUUAGGAAAUUAGGUCUCUUAAGAAUGCUGUUUUACAAGUAUUCAAAUAUGUAAAACAAUUUAACACAUUCAUUUAUUCUGCUGAAUACCCAACAAGUUUCGUGUAACAACUGUAUCUAACAGAUUUAUGCUGACAUACACUUUCUAGUUUACUAUCUCAAAGAAAUGUUAGCAGAGGUGUAGUAUUACUGAUUAGUGUAAUGUCUGCGUAAAUUGUUUAUGUAAAUCCAAUUAUUAGAUAUUACAAAAAGUAGCAGCAAAAUGAAAAUAUUUAUUGGAAACAAGAGACCAUUGAAUAAAUAUAUUUGAUUAUUCAAUAAUAAAUAGUUUGUCUCAGAAAUCGUAAAAAGAGAUUUCUGAAAUGAACAAUAGAGUAGGAUAAAAAAUAGAUAGGAGAUAAAUGUAUAUAAUAUAUGAGUAUUUUAAUAAAAUACAUUGUUAUGAAGAGAUACAAUAAUAAAAUAUGUUUAUGUAUGCAUAGUCAUUGAUGAAUGCAUAAGUAUUUUUAUAUGCUAAGAUAAAAAAUAAAUGUAUUUUAAAUGAA